ACUAAAACAUUCCAAUUAAUCAUCCAAUUAUUUCGACACUAUCUACAUUUCAAUGUAAACAAUACAUCACAACUCAACUUACAUAAAUGCAAGUAUACGCAUUCAUUCGAUUUGUUCGAAUAAAAAAUACCAUUUCGCCACUAAAGCCCACAACAAUAGGACCAUUAGGAGAUGUCAUCGUGCGUGCAAACAAAAGAAGCCGGGAAGAGAUAAAACAACGGAACACGUACAGACCACUUCAAACUAUCAUACGCCAUUGUGGACACUACCUGUUCCCAGUCGCUUCACAACCACCGAGCAAAAUGGUUGCAAUCUACUUCUUACUAUCCCUAACUGCUGUCCUAGCGUCCGCGGAGCACACGGGUGCUUACUCAUCACCACAGUACGCGAAAAAAAUGUACCCGAAAAAGGGUUACGACACAAACGCGUUACUCCCUCGUGAAAAACCUCCGGUGGUUUUUAAGGAUGAGCAACCAGAAGAGUCGAUAGCAAGAUUUGACUACGGUAAUGACACAGCGCAGUACGGAAGGGCAUCGUUCAUGGAUGCGGCUGGAAGCUUCCUCAGUGGCACGGGAGGGCAGGUGGUGACUAGCAUAGCAAGGGACUUCAUUGCCAGGUCCACAGGCAGCAGUCAGGUUGGUUUUGACUGCGCCUCCCAGGUUUUAAGCUUAAACCUGACCAACCUGGUGAUCUUAAUCGUGCUGAAGGCGUUGAUCUUAGCGGCGGGCUUCUUCGGCGCGGGAGCAUGGAAAGGCGGACAUCAUGACUACGGAAGAAGUCUUGACGACAACAAAAACGCGUCCUACAUCACUGAAGACGAGAUUCUGCUAUACCUGAGUUACUUGGCUGGCCAGCAGAAGAAAGACUACGGCUGUCUGUACCUGCUGUCAUGUCAGAAGCCCCAACAGGCUGGGCUAUACUCCUCGGGAGCUGAGCUGCUGCUGCAAGGCGCUAGGAUAGUACAGGGAGACAGUGUAGAUCUGGAACCAUACGCCGAAGUAUCGAUGGGCAUCAAGCAGGCUGCUGAAUGGGGGGAGGGAGGCAUGAACUGCGAGACACGAUACAAAUGUGGACAAUAGACAACGAACUAGUGAAAAAUAAAUAAGCUUUUAGAGAAUAAAUAAUAUCAAGAGCCUUUUUGAGAUAAAUAAGAAAUCAUAAGAAAAAUGGCGGAAUCACUUUCGCAAAUAGGUUAAGCCGUUACUGUAAAAAAUACUGUGGUGUGAGCCUGAGUCAACUAAAUAUAUAAAAUCUUUUCUUCUUUGGAAUUAAUGGAGAUUUGUAUGAAGUAUUUUAAUCAUGGUAAUUUGUAAGUUAAGCAUAUUAUUUUAAGGUGUAGUCGUACUUUUAUUAGUAGUAAAUAACUUAAAUGCGAUCGAAUUAAAAGGGGAUUCAAUGUCAGAAAAUUUAAUUUGAAACAAGUUUAUUUACACAAUAUUAAACUUAUUGAAAUGAUG